CCCCCCCCCCCCCCUUGUCCUCUCUCUUAGGGAAUUAUUAUACAGAGGUGUACUGGAACAUGGAUGACUAUCCAAAUCCCUGUUGGCAUCGAUGAUCUUGGUUCUAUUCGUAUCAAUAUCGUAGAUGCUCUUGAACAAUUUGGAUUUCAUGGAGAUAAGGAUAUCAAUGUGCAUUGUGAGCUACUCAAGUGCGACGUAAUGGAUGAGUUAAGCAAGGCCGGAAUCUAUUACUUACCCUCAUCUACCAAGAUUUACCUGACUUCGACUGCUGUGAACAAAAUGACUACUCUAGAUCAAGAUCCAAUGAAUAUCGCAGUAAUCGCAAAACCAAAACCGGAGUUAGUUAGGGUUCUCAAGUGUUUGAAAUCGUGGGGUCACACUCCUCUCCUAAUUCAUCUGCCUGAUGCUGAAGAACGUAGCUUUAGUGUAGAAUCUCUGCUUGCUCAUGCACAUCUUGUUUUAAGUGCUAGUGAUAGCAAAGAAGAAGAAGAAGAUCAUCUCUCCAAGGGCAAAGAAGAUCAUCCCUCCCAGGGCGAAGAAGAAGAUCAUCUCUCCAAGGGCGAAGAAGACACCUCUAAUGUUGAAGGUGGCCCCUACAACUACUACUACCCCUCUGAGGUUGAAGAAGAAGAAGUAGUAGAAGAUCCCUACAAGAUCUUAGAUUUCCUCGAGCCUAUCAGACCCACCGUCAAAGGGGCUAUGACAGCCGUCUUCUGGGAUGCUCAGUAUUGUCCAUUCCCUCUUGGUUCCACUGCUGAUGACAUCUACCACUCUAUCGCAUCAGCUCUUGUGGAAAGGAAGUUUACUAAUAAGAUUUCAAUCUGAUAACAAGAACGGUUCUGCCUUACUGGGUGACAAGACUUGGGCCUCCAGAAUCUACUUUUUUCCCGCAGGGGAUAAAGCCUCGAGACGUAUUAGAAUGACAAAUGACAUUCUUUUUUGGGCACAGGAAUCUCGUUGUCAACCAUUUCGUGAAAGUUUGUUCAUAGUCUCUGAUCAAUUCAGAGGUGAUCCCUACUACGUCGAGCUGCUUCACAAUUUGGUGUCCGCAAGUUUGCGUAUUUUCUGCAUAACUCCGACUCAGGACAUCAAUAAACCAGAAAGCCCUGAAUGGCCAGGAUUGUUUUUUGAUGAAGCAGCAUGCCGUUUGCUGUUUGAAACAAGCGAAAUCCCUGAUGAACCUUGUUCCAAAAAACGUAAAACCGAUGCAGGAAUGCUCUUUAUGAUGGAGGUCGAAGAAGAAACAAGUGGCAUGGAGCUAACAAAUGAGCAGCGGUUACAGUAUGAGUUUAGUCUCUGUUUAUGUCUAUGUUUUAUUGGGUUUACGUGGUGUGUUUUCUGUUUUUGGUUUGGACGUUUCUAUUUUUCUUUUUUGCAAUGGAUUAUCAGAGUUAAAAAAAAGUUUAUAAAGCUU